AUGGCGACUUUUUCGAUGGACGGUGACGAUCUUUGUUCGAGAGAACGACAGAAAGAGAAGAAGCAGACGUUGCGAGCGCGCGUGAGAGCGAAAUUGAAAGCAACUUUUUCUUCUUCUCGCGAAGAAGACGAGACGACGAAGAAGAGACGAGAUGAUUCGAAAGUGAUUUGCGAGAAAGUGUUAGAGUUGGACGCGUUUAAAAACGCGAGAACGAUGUGCGUGUACAUCGCGCACCCGAAGUUACACGAGGUGGAUUGCUCGGUGUUGAUUCGCGAGGCACUCGAUUCCUCUUCUUCCGAAUUCGGAGAAGAAAGGGUUAAAGUGUACGUUCCAAUCGUGGACGAUAAAAACUCAAACGUUCGGUUUUUACGCGUACGAGAUAUAGAGAAGGACUUGGAGAAGCGAACGAUGGGGAUUAUGGAGCCGACGGAGUUGGAUUGGAGGACGAACGAGCCGCGCGAAGACGUGGCGGAUUUGAAGGAAAACGAGAAGUUAGAUUUAGUCAUCGCACCUGGUUUAGCGUUCGACGAGACGUGUAAACGGUUAGGGAGAGGUGGAGGGUAUUACGAUAAGUUUUUAAGCGAAGGGAAAGGCAGAGAGGCGGUGAAAAUAGGACUCGCGUUUGACGCGCAAAUAGUCGACGCGGAUGAAAUCCCGCUCGAUCCGUGGGACGUCGUCUUGGACCUCGUCGUCUCGAAGAGUCACGUGUAUCGAAAAAAAGAACAGAACACAUAG